AUGAAGCUGUUUACCUCGUGUGUAGUUCCUGCGAACGGCAAUGCGCAGAAUAAGUCGACAGCUAAUGAGAAUGCGGCAACGGAAACUUCCGCUGAAUCGACUAAUGAAAACACAGAGAAUUCCUCUCGUGAUAGUGAGUUGGCAGGUGUUCAAAUGAGGCACCAAAAAGACGGCAGUGGACAAUUAUCGAGGACCACACAGAGCGGGACUUCUGGAUCUCCUGAUGAAG